AAAGCGGCUUCAUAUCUAGAUAUGGGGAUUCCCGGACUGACAAGUUACAUCAACUCACUUGGAACGCUUUGGACAGAGAUCAAUCUUCAAAAUACAGAACUUGUCAUCGAUGGACCUUGUCUAUGCCAUUAUCUUUACGAUAGCAAUGGCUUAGACUGCCGAUGUGGUGGCCAGUACCAAGAAUAUUACGAUGUUGUAGUUUCGUUUUUCGAUGCUCUGAUUUCGUACGGCGUGGAACCCUAUGUUGUAUUCGAUGGGGCAUAUGAUGACAAGAAAUUGGAGACACGCGAAAAACGAGCCAAGGACAAGGUUAAAACAUCAAAUGCUUUGUCGCAAUCCGCCGAUGAUCGUCUGUUUUUACUUCCGCCUUUAGCGAAGGAUGUGUUUGUGGAUGCACUUAGGAAUCGUGGUGUGAAGUUCGCUUUCAGUGAUAGGGAAGCCGACAGAGAAAUUGCCUCGUUGGCUAAUGCAUGGAAUUGCCCAGUUCUUAGCAAUGACAGUGACUUCUUUAUCUUUGACAUCAAGGCUGGGUAUAUUCCGAUUACUUUCUUUAAUUGGAAUUCCAGUUGUUUGACAGUAAGGAUUUUCUAUCGGCGAAAGCUGGCGAUGCAUUUUCAAAUUCGUGCUGAAUUAAUUCCCUUGUUUGCUUCAUUGGCGGGAAAUGACUAUGUGAGUUGUAAUUUGUUAUCUGCAUUUCAUCGCGCGUUGAAUCCUAUUCAGACUUCAAACCAUUCUAGAGAAAAAGGGGCUAAAUUUGAAAGCCUUGCAAACAUGCUCUCCAAACCUCCUGACUCAAGCGAAGAAGAGGCUUUGGAAAGAGCUCUGAAACUGGUGAAGCCAGCUGAAAAUGGAGAACAUCUUAGACAGGCUGUUGAACUUUCUCUCCAGGAAUAUACUCUCAGGAAAUCAAAUCUUCUGGGUUAUUUCCAGGAUAACUCAGUCUCUAGCUCCCUUAAAACGCAGAGUAAGGGCGAGAUCAAUGACUGGGUUUUGCGCCAGUUUCGAAAUGGAAAGUUUUCCGUAAAUUGUAUCCGUUGCUUGACCUCGAGAAAAGUGUUCCUGGAAAUCCCCGUUGAAAAUUGUACAGAAAAAUCGGCAAACUGCUGCUCUCUGUGGCUAAGGCAGUUCAUGUACGGAAUUUUGAAUGACGCUGAGACAAAAGCAGAUGAAGGAAACAUUGAGGUGAUUCACGAAUGGGACAGAGAAGGCUUAAGUGUCAAAAAGUCAGCUGUAGAACCCUACCAAGAGAGCGUGGUCCCUUCUCUGAGCUGUAUCCCAUCCCUCGUUCUGGGAGAGCCUGUACACUUUUUGUUGUUUGCACUAUAUUCGGACAUCACAGAUGUCAGGUCCUUGCGUGAAGAGUUUAUUUUAAUUGCUGCAUCACUUCGUUAUCUCAUUAAUAAUGCCCAACCACCGUUGAAAGUUAACCACCUCAAAGCAUUACUGUGUUGUUGUGUCAACUUGGAAGAAGGCAAGUUCUGCAAUCGUGAAGAAAGAACUGCAAGACCUGAACAAUCCUCAUGGCCCUUUGACAUACGAGCGGCACAAAGCUUUGCUCAGUGGCAGUGUGUUCUGAGAGAUGCAAUUCAUCUGAACUUUACUUUGCUUGAGCCAGUACCUGUACCAUCUAUUCAUAAGACGUUCAAUGGAAAAAUGGCACAACAACUGCUUGAAAGGUUGCAACAAGGUCAACUACCGCAGCAGUUUCUUCGACAUUUUGGGUUGUUUCGUUUGUUUCACAGGCUUUAUCUUGCAGUAACCAGUGGUUUAUUAGAAAAGAUGGCGAGUGAAUAG